AGUUGCAAGCUCUAUACUGCCUCCUAUGUAUACCAGUUGGAUUUGACUUUUGCUUUAUAGCAUGACAUGCCAAUCAUGUCAUCUUACAACACGCGUUUUUUUAUUUUUUUUUUCAUCUUGACGCAUUGAAUGAUGCUAGUUAGGAGGAGCAGGCAAAUUGGUGUUUGUCUGCAAGUUUGACUAGCCGUCUUACUAACUUGCACUUAAUGCAGAAAUAGGUAGAGUUUCUUCUGUAUCUCUCUCAAUAUACCCAGAAAUCUGGGAGAUUUUUGAAAACCCAGAAAAGUAAAAAUGGUGGAAGAGAGUAGAGAGAGGUUGCUGAAGAAGAAUGUCUACUAUGAGAAUUGCCCAGGUUGUAAGGUAGAGCUGUACAAAGAGUCACAACGUGGUUUACCAAUUCGAGACCUCUUUUUCGUAUGGAUUAUUGUGUUGUCUAAUGCGCUGCCAAUAUCAUCUCUGUUUCCAUUCCUUUAUUUCAUGAUUCGAGACUUUAAUAUCGCAAAAAAACAGGAAGAUAUCAGCCUCUAUGGUGGUUUUGUAGGCUCUUCAUUUAUGCUUGGCAGAGCUUUGACUUCUGUUUACUGGGGAAUAGUUGCCGAUCGCUAUGGUCGAAAACCUGUCAUAAUAAUAGGGACUAUCUCAGUGGUAAUUUUCAACACUCUUUUUGGCCUUAGUGUAAACUUUUGGAUGGCCAUUGUUACAAGGUUUCUCCUUGGAAGCUUGAAUGGUUUACUUGGACCAAUAAAGGCAUAUGCAAGCGAAGUCUUCCGGGAUGAAUACCAAGCUCUGGGCGUGUCAACUGUAAGUACAGCAUGGGGCAUAGGUUUGAUAGUUGGCCCAGCUAUUGGGGGCUACUUGGCUCAGCCUGCAGAGAAGCAUCCAAAUAUCUUUUCAAAAAAUUCAUUGUUUGGAAGAUUCCCAUACUUCUUGCCUUGCUUAUGUAUAUCACUUAUUGCAAUGGGAGUAACUAUUGUCACCAUAUGGCUUCCGGAAACAUUACACAAGCACAAUGAAAAUAGUGGAUCAAGUGCUGAUUCCAAGGAAGCAUUGAAAACGGCAUCUUAUCUUUCUAAUACAAACAAAACAAACCAAAAACCAGAAGUGGAGAAAAUUUCUAAGAAAAGCCUUCUUAGGAAUUGGCCCUUAAUGUCUUCAAUCCUUGUUUAUUGUGUUUUCUCACUUCAUAACAUGGCAUAUACAGAGAUUUUCUCAUUAUGGGCCACAAGUCCUCGAAAUCUUGGGGGCUUGAGUUAUACAAGUGAGAAUGUUGGUCAAGUUCUUGCAAUCUCUGGUUUUGGUCUUCUUGUCUUCCAAAGUUUUCUAUAUCCACCCAUGGAAAGGAUGUUUGGUGUCAUAAUGACUGCUCGCAUCGCAGGGGUUUUAUCUAUACCUUUGUUGACAAGUUACCCCUAUAUAGCAUUGUUGUCCGGAUUCUCUCUUUCCCUGUUGAUAAAUUUGGCAUCUCUAACAAAGAAUGUCUUAUCCACCUCCAUUACAACCGGAAUGUUCCUCCUGCAAAACAGAGCUGUGGAUCAAGGUCAAAGAGGUGCUGCUAAUGGUAUUUCAAUGACUCUGAUGUCUCUGUUCAAAGCACUUGGCCCAGCUGCAGGCGGUGCAAUUUUAUCAUGGGCUCAAAGACGCCAAGAUGCUUCUAUCCUCCCAGGCGACCAGAUAGUUUUCUUCAUCCUGAAUGUUAUCGAGGCUAUUGGAGUGCUAAUGACAUUUAAACUAUUUCUAAGAGCAGCAUAACGUGAAUCAAUAUCUCUAUGUAUGUGGUUGGAAAAGCUCAAAGAAAAUCCUUCCAUAUAUGUAGCCACUAUUGAAUCCUCACCACUGACUGGAUUGCACUCUUCCGCAAGGUUGAUAUGUUAUCUAGGAGGGAAAAUGAAAAUCUCCCAUUCAAUUAUUCAAAUGUAAACAACUUUAUUGAUUAUUUAUUUGUUACUCUAUUCUAUU